GGCGGCCGGCUGCUGGGGGGGGGGCGGCGGGGAAGGAGCGAAGAGGCCAAACAAAGAUGGCGGCGCCUGAGGCGGGCAGGCCGGGUCUGCAGGCGGCCGGCUGAAGCGAGCAGCCCAGCCCAAGUCACUAGCCAGCCGGCCAGCCAGACGGACGGAGCAUGUCGGGGCCUGACGAGCGGGAGCCCGGCAGCGGCGGCGGGGUGGCCGCGGCGGCUGGCGCCGGGGGGGCGCUGGCGCUAGGGGAGGCGGCGGGGCCCGGCCCGGGGGGCGCGGAGGAGCCGGGGCCGCCGCUCGGGGCUGGCGGGGCGGGAGCGGGGGGUGGCGGCGGCGGCGGCGCCCGUCAGGGGCAGCCCGAACCCGGCGGCGACCGAGACUCCGAAGCGCCGCCCAAGAAGCGACUCAAGCUGCCGGGCGGGGCCGAGGGAGGCGGCGGCGGCGUCAAGCUGGAGGAGCGGCUCUACUCGGUGCUCUGCUGCACGGUGUGCCUCGACCUGCCCAAGGCCUCCGUCUACCAGUGUACCAAUGGACACUUGAUGUGUGCUGGAUGUUUCAUCCACUUGCUGGCAGAUGCCCGGCUGAAGGAGGAGCAGGCUACGUGUCCCAAUUGUCGCUGUGAAAUCAGCAAGAGCCUCUGCUGCCGAAAUCUGGCUGUAGAAAAAGCAGUGAGCGAGCUGCCGUCGGAGUGUGGCUUCUGCAUGCGUCAGUUUCCUCGCUCGCUUCUGGAGAGGCACCAGAAAGAAGAAUGCCAGGACAGGGUCACUCGAUGCAAGUACAAGCGGAUUGGGUGCCCAUGGCAAGGUCCUUACCAUGAGCUGACUGUACACGAAGCAGAGUGCACGCACCCAGCCAAGACGGGGAAUGAACUAAUGGAGAUUCUGGAUGAAAUGGACCAAACACAUAAAAAGGAGAUGCAGCUAUACAACAGCAUCUUUGGCCUGCUCAGCUUUGAGAAGAUUGGCUAUACAGAGGUUCAGUUCCGUCCUUACCGAACCGAUGACUUCAUCACACGCCUCUACUACGAAACUCCGAGGUUCACCGUGCUGAACCAGACCUGGGUGUUGAAGGCCCGGGUGAACGACUCGGAGCGCAACCCCAACCUGUCCUGUAAGCGGACCCUCUCCUUCCAGCUCAUUCUCAAGAGCAAGAUCAACUCCCCCAUGGAGUGCUCGUUCCUGCUGCUCAAGGGACCUUAUGACGAUGUGAAAAUCAACCCUGUGAUCUAUCACUUUGUCUUUACCAACGAGAACAACGAAACAGAUUAUGUGCCGCUCCCCAUCAUAGACUCUGUGGAAUGUAACAAAUUGCUGGCAGCCAAGAACAUCAAUCUGCGUCUGUUUAUAUUCCAGAUACAGAAGUAAGCGUAAGCAAAGCUUGCUUUUCAGGAGUGACCGAGAGAGAGAGAGCACCACUGAACCAGAGUUACCUCGUAUGGCUGCCUCGGCCCCUUUUGUGAUUCCACAAUUAUUUGAUUAUUUUAAAGAGAACGUUUUUGCAUGUGUGGUAUACAACAGCUUUGAGCGGUCGCUGCCUGCCUUGUCUCGCUCCAUCUCCGCCAGGCGCAGGCGACUGGGGAGUCGGCUUGAUGCAGGGAGCUAACGAGGCCUGAGAGGGUCUGGAGGGGAAGCUGGCAACCACUACUCAAUACAUGGUGAAAAAAGCUGCAUUUGUGUCCAUGGUUGUGUGUGUGAUCUCCACAAUGUAGUGUCAAGAUGGUUGGAGAAGGGGUGCUGGGGUCCUUGUGUCUUCUUGCCCUGGUGGGUGGCAUCCUGCCUUGAUCCUAAUAGACAUCAUGUAGAAUCUGGAAGUGGUAGGUUCGGUCUUCGUUUUAUCCAUAAAAUGAAUGUGGGAUUCUCAAGUAGGCAGGACAUCUUCAGGGGCUCCAAACAGAGGGAUUGUGCCAGGCUAGCUGGGCUGAAAUGCCACAUUCCAAGGGAAACAAGUUUGUAGAGAGGGGUGAAUCUGUGUGCUGGGUGCUUCAUGGCAUGGGCAAGCAGCAAGCACUGCCGUUUUCCAUUGGUGUACCAGUAUUCCAAAUAAUUCCCCCUCUCAGCUUUUCAUUGUGGCUGAGCUGGUGACUGGUGUGUAGAAGCAUUUGGAAGGAAGUCAGGAGAACAGAAGGCUAAUGGCAGCUGGAUCGUAAGAAGUAGCUGGCCUUUCCUUUCUAGCAGGAAACUGCACCCUCGAUUUUCAUGGCUUGUAUUGCACUUCACAAAGACGGGCCCCCAAGGUCCCCUUCCCAACAUGGCCCCAAUUGUCCUGUUUUCUCCCCACACCCCCCACCAAUAGGCUUGAGAUCUGGGAGACUAGAUGAGAACCUCCACAGAACUGACCGAAAUCAGUGCAGACUUCUCGGAACGCAGGGUGAUUUUCUGUCCGUUUGGGGAACUUUCCCAAUACUUUAAAAAACUUUUUUUUUCCCCUUGUGCAAAUGGAUUGCAGGCUCUUCUAGUAAUUAUGCAAUUUUACAAUGUGAUUUUAUGUAUGUAAAAAAAUUAUAUAUGAAUAUAUAUAUAGCAGGUUUAUGGAUGGGGACAGUGGGGCCGUUCACCAAAUUUCAACGAGAUCUACAGGGAUAUUUUGCUUGAUGCUCUUAAUCAUAUUUUAAUCUGGGGAGUUGGUGGUGGAUGAAGGACUGUAUCAUGAGGAACUCAUGUGCUAUAGAUUAUUCUCUUUCCAGAUGAUUUGCUUUCCUUUCCCUUCUGUCCCUACUACCCCCAUCCUCACCCUACUUCUUCUAAAAGGAAGCUAUGUUUGGCAAUUAGUACUUUAUAUGGACUAACGGGAUCAGGUAUGUUCUUGUAAGAUACAUGAGGAUUUGCUGCUGCAGCUGUCCCCGCUGGGACUCUGUGCUGUUAAAUAGUAACAAAGCUAGUUCCUUGGCUUUCAUAACUCCCUUUCUGCGGUAACUCCCCGAUCAUUUUAACAGUGGUCAACACGCAUUUUGAGAAAUGAGUCUGUGUUUCCCCUGGGAGGAGACAGCAGGUCACAAAUGGUGCAGUCCCCAGACAAGCUCAGCCCACCAGCUUUGUGUCCUGUCCCACCAGGUGCUUGACAUCCCACCUACCUGUUUCUGUCAUCACAGGCACAGCAGCAAAAACUUCUAGCUGGCAGUGUUGGAAGACGGGCUAUGUUCAGCUUGAUGGGUCACAAUUUGUGCAGGUCUGGAGUGGGGCUCAUUUUAGCAUGUCUUCUAGAAGCAGCAAGUUCUGGGCAGAGCUAGAACAGAGGCUUGGCAAGCCCAAGGAAACCCUGAGGAGUUUCCGGGAAGUUCAGCUGCUGGUGUGUGAAGCAGUUUUGCAGAGGACUCGGGAGGAGUGAAUGUCCUUCAGUCAGCUCUUCCAGAUGCUGUGCCUGGCCUUUGAAACUUGAGGGUAGAGCCUCUGCUGUUAGAAGCCUGAGUUAAAGACAUGAUGUAUCUUGCCUUGUGUAGUAAGUUAAGCAGCUGUGAGCUUCAGAAGAUGAACUUGUCAGCCCCUUCAGUCAGCAACUGAUUGAUGAAUGGUUGAGAGAGACUAGGUAAGACUUAUUACUGGGCCAGGAUGGUCAUAGCCCAACACGUCUGCCUCUGAUCCUCCUGCCCUGCAGUGUCUCUGAACCACUUGAUGCCGACGAAGCAGGCUGCAUGCUACAGUCCUCUCCUGUGACAUGCACUUCCUGAGAUCAGGUGACCUGCAAGAUAAACUUUCUAAAGGGUUCUGUGGUGGGCAGUAUGCUUCCUUCAUGCCCGGGCCCAGAAAGCCCCAUGGGUGCGUGAAGCCAUCUUCCUUGUAUCUGGGAACUCAAAAGCUGGCACCCACCUUAUUUUGUGCGUCUGGAACCAAGGUGUGCCAUUACCUAGGAUCAAGCCCACACAUGCACAUCAUGAUAGCUUGCAGGCCUGUCUAGACGUGGAUGGCAGAGAGCUACAGCAGGCAAGAGACCUCCUUUUCCUGAGAAGCAAAGGCUUGAUGUGAUGGAUCUCAAGGCUGCCACCUUUAGAUGGUGCUUGGUAUUAAAAUCUUCCAUUGGAGUUGGUCUAGCUGCUGCCUGGCACGUGAGACCCAAGCCCUUCCCUGCACCACCCAUGUACUGUGCUUCAGAAAGAAUUGUGCAUGCCAGACCACUCUCUUGUAGAAAGAGCCUGCAUGUAACCCAAUAGAUCACGCAGAAGACGGGACUCUCCUGGAGAUGGUAUAGGGCUUCCAGGAUCUGACUUCAACAGUUAGCCUUGCUUUGAACAAAAAUGUCUGAGAAUGGAUAAAUGUCAGAAGGCGAGCUGCUGCUGGUUAGCAGCCUUUUCUGCAGCUGAUUUCAGGAAGGCCACUGAGAGAGCACCAGCCAUGGGUGCCUGGAGAGGACAUCCCGUUCCUAGGCAAGUCACUCUUCCUUGCCUGAUGCCUGUAAAAAGUUCAGUUGAGAGCCCACCAGUCUCUGCACUCGGGCACAUGAGCACUACAGCGCGGAUACCACCAGGGUGUUGGAGAGCUGCCACUAUCGUUAAAAGAAGGGGUCCUUGGUCUGAUUGGUGCUGCCACCGGCCUCUGAGCAAAUGCUGCGGUGCUGCAGGUAGUCCUGCUUGCCUGUCGAGGCAAAGAGUUGAUCCUGCUUGGGGAAUGCUGGACUCCAUAUGACUGUCAGCAGCACUCUAGUCCCCUCCUGAGAAACUGGAAGUAAUUUGGGAAGAGGAGAUUGCAGAUUUCCUAAGAGGCAGCAAGCCAAGGAACUGGAAUGUCUGGGAAAUGCCAGCAAGUUGGAACACCAAUGGAAAGAGGGGAGCAUGACAUCCAUAUUCUGGAGCAUUUUGUUCAUAGAGCUUUAACACCUCGCCAAGAGGGUGGUGGUCUUCCCUUCUCUGUCUUGGGGUCCUCCCGGAGAACAUCUCUCUGUGUUCUUGACCCUUCUUCUAGAACUGAGCAGUGAGGCAACCAUCUCAUUGAGGCAUUGCGUUGUGCUAGGUCAGGUGCUUUUCCAGCACUGGCUUCUUGCUCUGGUACCUCCUUGUCGAAACUGAGUGACUUUAGCCGUUGGUCGUCUCUUCAUGCCUUAGCUUCAUCUUUUCAGAUAACUACUUUCUUCCCUAAUCUUGAAGUACUCAACACAUCAAUUUGUGGCAGUGGGGCAAAGCAAACCAGAACAUGGCUGAAGAAGCAGGGUGUGGCUUGGCUCACCUCUUGAUGGAAAGACCACAGGGUACUCUACCACAUCUUGCAGCUCAGGCCAGAGUAACUGCUGGAUGAUGUGGUGGCUGUUAGAGUGCAGAAGCAGUUUAGGCUACAACUUUCUACACAACUGGCAGAAGAGCUCGUAGGAUGGUGGCUGGAUUGGGCCAUGCAGGAGCUUUGGGUGAAGUGAGGUCACUUGACUGUGAUCAUGGCACCCUUGCACCAUGCUGAAGUCACCCCCUUUUCGGAUGUGGCUUAUUUCCUUCUGGAGUCUCUCCUUCACUACUUGGUGUAGGUUUCCCUAUCCAGGCGCUGUGAUGUGGGUGUGGCGGGAGCAGAUUUCCCUUUUACUUCUUAAAACCAUCCUUCUGCCACAUCUCUUCUUCUACAAAGGAGUUCAGUGGCUGAUUAUUUCAAUGCAGCUGGCCCCCUUCUGGUGAAAGGUUUGUGUGUAAGUCUCCAGUUUGCAGCAGCUGAUAACUUGACUUUCCCUUUUGCCUGGUCUAAAGGGCGGAAGGUGCUUCAAUCCCCCAUGUCACUGGUGGGAUUAAAUCUGCCGAGUUCCUGAGUUUCCCAGGUUAUGUGAGGGAUCGACCCUGACCUGAGUAAUAGCAAAUGGGGUGGAAUUGUUCCUGUCUCCCAUGUGUGGUGUUUGGGUAUGAUCUUAUUAUGGCAUGGGUUCAUGAUAAGCCAAGGGCCAGUUGGUGUUGCCCACAGAAGUCUCCUUGGUUCUAGUGCUAAAUAUCUGAAAAUGAAGAGAACGGCUCUGGCUACUUCAGGCCGGGAGUCUGUGUGCGAGGAUAGAACGAGCAUUUUGGCAGUGGAUGCUGAGGAGGGGUCAGCCCUGCAGAGUUGCCAGAACUUGGCUGUUGCAAGAGCCUCUAUGUUAGGGCUGGGCACACCUGGCCCUUCAGAUGUUGAUGGACUACAACUCCCAUCACCCCCCAGCCACACUUGAGUAUGGCUGGGAUGGGAAUUGUAGUUCAACAUUAUCUGGAGGGCCAGGCUUGCCCUCUCAUGCUCUAUGUGUAGACUUGCUGCCUUGUUAAUCCCAUUGGUGUCACGAGGCCUCCUUGGGCACAUCUGCCAGCACUGUUGCUUCUCUCCUUCCAUUCUUCUCCUCCUCCCUCUCUCCCUCCUCCUCACAAACUCCCCCUCCCAGGUUGCCCUGUCCUUGCAAUGGGACUCUGUCCAACUCCUCCUUGGUAGCUGAGCCUUACCUGUCUAGUUCUGUGCUAGACACCUAAAGAUUGUAGCAUGCUUCUCCAUGCCAGGCCCUGAGGGCUGGCAGACCACAAAUCUCCUUACAGUAUUCACUGUGGGCAAUUUAUUUAACUAGUGAAUGUAGAAAUUAAAAUAAUUUAAAGAAGAAAACUAAUGGUUUGUUUGCAAGAUGGUAUGUCCUUUGUACUUGGCCUGAUUUUCAUUAUUUGUGUUCUUGUUUUGUUGUGGAAAGGGGUUCUCGGUUGGAUUUUGGAAUCCAGUUGGAAACUUCUGCUGAAUUAGAGAGAGGAAAGUGGGUGUUGGGUGGGUUUCUGUCUCCAGGCACGUUGACAUCACUGCCGCCUACUGCACCACCCCCACCCCCACCACCUGCAGGCCGUCUAGAGAGACAAGGGUACACAGACCACAGCAGGGUUGCAGAUGCUUCAGCAUAACUGCUGGGGUGCUUGUCCAUAUCAGCUGCUGUUCCACCAUGUGUGUGCCCCACUUUUGUGAACACUAAACAUAUACCUAAAUGGCUUUUUAAACGAGGAAUGGUUUUAAUGUUGUUGGGAAUGAUUUCUUCUGUUCCUUUGUGGUCUGCGUUUGUUUGAAGUUCCUGUAUGUAACGUAGUUUUAAAAAAAAAAUUGCCAAAC